CUCUGCCCCCAGGGCUGCCGCCCCGCCGGCCCCACGGCUCCGAGUGGCCCUCUUGGGCCCCCCAGCACCACUAUGAUGACCGAGGAGCACACAGACCUGGAGGCCCAGAUGGUCAAGGACAUCCACUUCAAGGAGAUCGACCUGGUGAACCGGGACCCCAAGAACAUCAAUGAGGACAUUGUUAAGGUGGAUUUCGAAGAUGUGAUUGCAGAGCCCGUGGGCACCUACAGCUUUGAUGGGGUAUGGAAGGUGAGCUACACCACCUUCACCGUCUCCAAGUACUGGUGCUAUCGGCUGCUGUCCACGCUGCUGGGAGUCCCGCUGGCCCUGCUCUGGGGCUUCCUGUUCGCUUGUAUCUCCUUCUGCCACAUCUGGGCGGUGGUGCCGUGCAUCAAGAGUUACCUGAUCGAGAUCCAAUGCAUCAGCCACAUCUACUCGCUCUGCAUCCGCACUUUCUGUAACCCGCUCUUCGCCGCGCUGGGCCAGAUGUGCAGCAGCGUGAAGGUCCUGUUGCGGAAGGAGGGUUGAGGCAGGCGGGG